ACAAACCUCAGUACUCCGUAUAACAAAGGUUAUCUUGGGAUUGACCUGACAUUGCGCGGUAUCCGAACUUUACUUGUUCUUUUAUACAUCUGUUCUAGUGGUCUCGACAAACCGACAUCAUGGGUUCCAGCAACAAGAAGAAGCGUGAGAAGCAGAAGGACUUCCAGAAGCCGAAGUUCAAGGUGGGGAAGGAUAAGCCAAAAGCGUCCAAUUUCACAGAUACAAGUUUCAAGUCAAAGGCUAUUGUGAUGGGGCAUCAAUCACUCUCAACAGUCGCACCUGAUGUCGUUCAACAGUUCAAACAUAAUCUCUCACUCGCCUCUUCUUCAAAGUCAGAUAAACAAAGACGAGAAGCAUUGGCUUAUCUUACUUCACAACUUUCAACAGAACCCCCUGUCAAUCCGGUGGGAACACAUGCGGUUCUCGCCAAGCUGCUUCCACUCAUCUCAGAUAGCUCGACGCCAGUUCGAAGUCAACUUCUCAAGCUUUUCAGAGAAUUACCUGCCGAAGAGGUCAGACACAGUGUGGAACAAGCCAUCAUGUUUAUCCGGGCGGGUAUGACGCACCUCUCGGCGGACAUCAGCAAUGACUCUCUUGGUGUAAUGGAAUGGAUUUUGGAUGUUGCAGAGAACGACUUAAUCGUGUGCCCUGGUGGUUGGGUGAAGACCCUAAACAGUUUCUGUGCCAUGAUGGGGUGGGCAUUGACAAAUUCAAAAGCCGGAUGGUCUUCUGGUUCAAGGUCCGGUCUGCGGGCAAAGGAUGCUUCGACAUAUGCCCGACAAAUCGCCACGCUAUCACGGUUCGUGGGGGCUGGUCUUCGGCCUGAAGCUGAGAUUCCCGAGGACGAGUCAGAGAUAUGGGACAACUUGUAUCGAAUCCCACAAGACUCGAAUGCAUUCGAAUAUCUCAACCUUUAUGGUACUCGACGAGACGAAGAGGGAGAAAUGUAUUCCAGUCGGGAUGCCAGACAGCGAGUAUUUGAGCGAAGGUUCUUGGAGGCAGUGCUGAAGGGUACAGACCAAGCGAAAAAGGAGGGUGGUGCUACUGGUCGAGCGGCAGCUGGCCUCGACAAAGUUCUUCAAGACGGAAUGGGCGAAUAUGAAAGUUCGACGGCAAUGGAUACCCAGGAUCUCCUGAGCCUCUGGUGAAAGGUUCAAGCUGACCUCAUAAUAAAAUUUACUGGUUUAUUACGUGAAAA